CCCGGCCAGCCCUAGUGACAUUUCGAGAGCUCAUUGGGCCGGGUCGGUGACAGUUUCCGUUGCCCAGGCAACUAGGGCCGGGCUCCCUCUGUGUUAGAGGGAGGCGGCGGCGGCUGGCCCGGGUCAGGGCCUCCAGCUCGGGCUUGGGCCCAGAGCAUGUUCCAGAUCCCAGAGUUUGAGCAGAGUGAGCCAGAAGACUCCAGCCCUGCAGAUAGGGGCCUGGGCCCCAGCCCUACGGGGGACUGGCCCUCAGACCCGGUCAGGCACCAGCGGACAGCCCCAGGCCUCCUGGGGGAAGCUGGUCACCAGCAGGGGCAGCCGGCCAGCAGCAGCCACCAUGGAGGCGCUGGGGCGGUGGAGACCCGGAGUCGCCAUAGCUCGUACCCCGAGGGGACCGAGGAUGAAGGGAUGGAAGGGGAGGAGCCCGGCCCCUUCCGGGGCCGCUCGCGCUCGGCGCCCCCCAACCUCUGGGCUGCACGACGCUACGGCCGCGAGCUCCGGAGGAUGAGCGACGAGUUCCAGGUCUCCUUCCAGGCACUUCCUCGCCCGAAGAGCGCGGGCACAGCGACGCAGAUGCGGCAAAGCCCCAGCUGGACGCGCGCCAUCCAGUCCUGGUGGGAUCGGAACUUGGGGAGAGGAGGCUCCGCCCCCUCCCAGUGACCUUCCAUCCACACCCCGAAACCCCCGCUCCCGCCGCCGCUGGCGGCCAUCCUGGGUGUGGGCGGAAGUCCCUUCCGCAGGCCCUAAGCAAAGAGAGGAUCCAUUCUGUCUCCUUUGGAAGGAGGCGGUCUGACCCGAGGCCGACUCCCUUCCGAGCGUGCGAGGACCACGGAGGGUGCGACCCCGUCGGAAGCUUUUCCGCCCUUACCCGCCGGAAGUGGCCCCGUGACCCCGCCCCCGCGCCGGGCUGCCCCAGGCGCCUGCGCCAGGUUGCGAGCCGGGGUUAACCCCGACCUCCCCGGAGCCCUUCCCUCCGCGCGGGAGCUGUGGGCCGACGCGCCCGAACGUGCCAAUAAAGUUCGCGUCCGUGUG